AGCCAGAAGAAAAUUCAAGAACUACAAUCCCCAGAGGCCUCUGCGUGGUGACUCCGUAAUGCUAUUUAGUUAGGUACGGAGAUGUAGACAGCGACCGGGGACAGAGAGCGGAGAGAUGAGUGAGGGAACGUGUCUACGAAGAAGGGGGGGCCCUUACAAGACUGCCCCCGCCACAGACCUCACACGUUGGCGUCUCACUUGCACAGAGGGCAGGCAAACCUGGCGCUAUGUGGAGGGAGAAGAUCGUCCACAGACUGCCCUGGAGGCACACUCUCUGGCAUUGGAUACGAAUGAUUAUUUUAACGACUUACCAAAGGCGUUUACUGCCCAAGAUGGAGCCGAAAAUGGACUAACAUUUUACUCUGCUUUACAAGCCGAGGACGGCCACUGGGCUGGGGAUUAUGGCGGGCCACUCUUCUUAAUGCCAGGUCUUCUGAUUGCAUGCCACGUGACUCAGACCCCCCUCCCUGACGCUACCAAGCAGGAGAUGAUCCGGUACUUGCGAUCCGUGCAGCUUCCUGAUGGCGGAUGGGGCCUGCACAUUGAAGAUAAGAGUACUGUGUUUGGCACGGCUCUCAGUUACACUUCUCUGCGCCUUCUUGGAGUGUCGCAGGAUGACCCAGAUAUAACCCGGGCUCGCAACAAUCUUCACAGUAAAGGAGGUGCCAUUGGUAUUCCUUCUUGGGGAAAAUUUUGGUUAGCUGUGCUCAAUGUGUACAGUUGGGAGGGAAUGAACACGCUAUUCCCAGAGAUGUGGCUCUUACCCCAGUGGUUUCCCGCUCACCCUAGCACCAUCUGGUGUCACUGCCGACAGGUUUACUUGCCCAUGAGCUACUGUUACGCUACACGCUUGAGUGCCCAUGAGGAUGACUUAAUCCGCAGCUUGAGACAAGAGCUGUACGUGCAGGAAUACAGCAGUAUCAAUUGGCCUGCGCAGAAGAACAAUGUUGCCGCCUGUGAUCUUUACACACCGCACAGUACACUACUUAACUUUGCUUAUGUCCUUUUGAAUCUAUACGAGACGUACCACAUUUCUUCUCUCCGGAGAUAUGCAGUACAUGAAUUGUAUGACCACAUAACAGCAGAUGACCGGUUUACAAAGUGUAUCAGCAUUGGUCCGAUCUCUAAGGUGAUUAAUAUGGUGGUCCGCUGGCAUGUAGAUGGACCAGAAUCUCCUUCAUUCCGGGAACAUGUAGAUCGCAUCCCUGAUUACCUUUGGCUGGGCUUGGAUGGGAUGAAAAUGCAGGGCACAAAUGGAUCUCAGCUCUGGGACACAGCGUUUGCCAUACAGGCAUUCAUGGAGGCUGGAGCCCACAAGAAAAAACAGUUUCAGAAAUGUUUGGUGAAAGCACAUGAAUUUCUCCGUAUUACACAGGUACCAGAUAACCCACCAGAGUACAAGAAGUACUACAGACAAAUGAACAAGGGAGGGUUUCCUUUCAGCACCCGUGACUGCGGUUGGAUUGUGGCAGACUGUACAGCUGAGGGGCUGAAAUCUGCAAUGUUGCUUCAAGAAAACUGUACUUUCUUAUCUGAACAUAUUCCAAAGAACAGACUACGGGAUGCUGUAGACGUGCUACUCAGUAUGAAGAAUUCUGAUGGGGGAUUUGCUACCUAUGAAACCAAACGUGGUGGCCGCUUGCUGGAACUGCUUAAUCCCUCUGAAGUGUUUGGGGACAUCAUGAUUGACUACACAUACGUGGAGUGUACCUCUGCCGUAAUGCAAGCUUUGAAACAUUACCAAGCAUGGGACCCAGACUACAAAGCUGAUGAAAUCAGGGAAACCCUCGAGGAAGGCCUGGAUUACUGUCGCAGAAUUCAGAGAAAAGAUGGGUCCUGGGAGGGGUCCUGGGGUGUAUGCUUUACAUACGGCAUAUGGUUUGGACUGGAAGCCUUUGCUUGCAUGGGAUAUGACUACUCAGAUGGUUGUCCAGAGGUCAUCCGGGCCUGUGAUUUUCUUCUCUCUCACCAAAUGGAAGAUGGAGGUUGGGGAGAAGAUUUUGAAUCAUGUGAAGUGCGAAGAUACGUUCAGAGUGCCAACUCUCAAAUACACAACACAUGCUGGGCAUUGCUGGGUCUAAUGGCGGCCAGGUAUCCCAAUGUUACGGUUUUGGAGAGAGGAGUCAAACUGCUCCUAGAGAAGCAACAUAGCAAUGGAGACUGGCCUCAGGAGAAUAUAUCAGGUGUCUUUAACAAGAGCUGUGCCAUCAGCUACACUGCAUAUCGAAAUGUAUUUCCAAUAUGGACACUUGGACGUUUUUCCCGUCUUUACCCAGAGAAUCCACUAACUGGAGUUCACAAGAGCAGGCAUGGCUGAGGCAGAUAACAGAUCCGGACAGCCACCGUAUACAGAAAUCUCCCAUCUGCCACACUGUGCAUUUUAUUUUAUUAAUUAACAUUUUAAUUUAGCAUUUUUGCAUUUUUCUUUUCUCUGAUCAUAAUUCACUGCAGUGUUUAAUAUUUUUAAAAUAUCUCUGCUAUUUUACUUUUGGACAUUUCUAGUAGUAGUAAUUUAUAUUAAAAGGGAUCACCUUUCCACAGGGCAGGUGAUAAAUGUAGGAGAACAAGCGGUAGUGCGUAUGUCAGUCCACUGCGUCAUGAAAUUCUGUGGCACUGACAAAGUGAUGUCUGCGUCAGUCCCGUAGAAGUGGAUCGAGCAGUGGACUGACAUGCACACCACCACUCCAUUUAAGAAGGGGACUCAGGAUCCCUGGGGGUCCCAGUGGUUGGAACCCCAGUAAUCAUACAUUUAUCAUCUAAUUUGGGCAUAGGUGAUAAAUUCUGUAAAUCCUAUAAAUUCUGACUCCUGGGAUCUGUUUCAUGUAAACCAUAGGGGAGAUUUAUCAAAACUACUGUAGAGUAGAACUGGCUUAGUUACUCAUAGAACCAAUCAUAGUCCAACUUUCAUUUUUCAGAGCUCCUUUGGAAAAUGAAAGGUGGGAUCUGAUUGGUUGCUAUGGGCAACUGAACCAGUUUUCCUUUACACCAGUUUUGAUAAAUCUCCCCCCAUGACUUGAGAACUGACCAAUAGAGAUGAUAUAUUGUAAUUGUUUUAAACCAGAAACAGUAUGAUACAUAUGAAUGUAAAGACUUUACAUCACCUCUCUUUCAUGUUUUAUACUGAAUGUUACACAUAGUGUACAUUACAAGCUGGUCCCGCCUAACACUUAGGAGUAGCCUUAUCAAUAAUGAUACAGUGAUUGUUGUCACACUGCAGACGUAUUCAUUUGAACAAUGUCUGGAGCCCAUUUAGUUUUACCUGACCCACAUCUCAUGAUUAAUGUCCGUAUUACUAACUAAUGUUCUGAAACUGGUACUUUCUGGGGAUAUACAGUCAAAAUGAUCUUCGGACAUAUCAGAUAUAUACAGUAGAAGAUCCCUUUUUUGAAGUGUGUGAUUUUAGACCGCCACUACUUUCAAUUCUAAAGGGAUCUAUAGAGCACUUUUACGCUGCAUUUAAGGUACUUGUUUAAGGUAAAAGUUAGGAAAUUUGCACGACUUAUACAUCCAACUGCUGUCUGCAAGUAUAUGCCAUGCAGUUGCAUAUGUUUCCCACAGACCACUAUUCAAAAAACUAAAUUGCAAUGCCUAACUGCACAGCAAAGUACAGCAGAGUCUCCUUCUCUGUGUAGCUAAACAAGUUGUACACCAGCCCAGCAUAUACCAAAAAAACAGGGUGACAUUUACAAAAAGUUAUACACCAUGCUUUGGUGUAUAUCUGUCGCAGAUUGCGAUGCAAAGGUUAUUUUCACUGCGAUCUGCAACUUUGUCCCCUUUUCCACUGCUCACGCCAGGUCUAAAAAUGGGGGCAUGGCGCGGGUGGGCCGGUAGGGCCGUCUCAUUCAUCAUUUUCUACGUCUGUUUCAGAUGUAGAAAAAUGUCUAAAUCUAUGCCGCCAAGGGAGGUGGCGUAGAUUUAGACAAGUGUAAAGUCUGUUGCCUCUACAUAACUUAGGCGGCUGAACCGCCAGCGUAAGAUGGAUGAAAACUGGUGUCUAAAUUGCCAGUCUUCAUAAAUGUCCCCCACAGUCUUCUGGCAUCUGUCACACCCAUAGGGGUCACAUUUGCUGUAUGCAUCAGGAGUGGUGUUGAUAAACUCUUAGGCCUCUUUCACACGAGUGAUACGGAAUGUGUUAUGA